AGCGAAGGCGCGGGGCAAGAUGGCGGCGACUAAGAGGAAACGGCGUGGAAGCCUGGCGGUUCAGGCGAAAAAGCUGAAAAGAGACGCGAAAGAUGGCAAACCGCCGGCUAAGCAGAACGAAGUAUCAGAGGAGGCGGCAGAAGAAGAGAAAGAUCGUAUCCCAGGCCCCGUUUGCAAGGGGAAGUGGAAAAAUAAGGAACGGAUUCUCAUCUUUUCUUCUAGAGGAAUAAAUUUCAGAACAAGACAUUUAAUGCAAGACUUGAGAAUGUUGAUGCCUCAUUCUAAAGCAGAUACUAAAAUGGAUCGUAAAGAUAAGUUAUUUGUGAUUAAUGAGGUUUGUGAAAUGAAAAACUGCAAUAAAUGUAUCUAUUUUGAAGCUAAGAAAAAACAAGAUCUCUAUAUGUGGCUUUCAAAUUCACCUCAUGGACCAUCUGCUAAAUUCCUUGUUCAAAAUAUUCAUACCCUAGCUGAGCUAAAGAUGACUGGAAACUGUUUAAAAGGUUCUCGGCCCCUCUUGUCUUUUGACCCUGUUUUUGAUGAAUUACCACAUUAUGCUUUGUUAAAAGAGCUCUUAAUUCAGAUCUUCAGUACACCACGGUAUCAUCCCAAAAGCCAGCCAUUUGUGGACCAUGUGUUUACAUUCACCAUUUUGGAUAAUAGGAUAUGGUUUCGGAACUUUCAGAUCAUUGAAGAAGAUGCUGCUCUUGUAGAAAUAGGACCCCGUUUUGUCUUAAAUCUUAUAAAGAUUUUCCAGGGAAGUUUUGGAGGACCAACUUUGUAUGAAAAUCCUCACUACCAGUCACCAAACAUGCAUCGGCGUGUCAUAAGAUCCAUCACAGCUGCAAAAUACAGAGAGAAACAGCAAGUGAAAGAUGUGCAGAAGCUGAGAAAGAAAGAACCAAAGACUAUUCUACCCCAUGAUCCCACUGCAGAUGUUUUUGUUACUCCGGCAGAGGAAAAGCCAGUAGAAAUACAGUGGGUGAAACCAGAGCCAAAAGUCGAUUUGAAAGCCAGAAAGAAAAGGAUUUACAAAAGACAAAGAAAAAUGAAACAGAAGAUGAGCAGUGGGAAUGCAAAAUAAAUCAAUGGAGAACUAAUUUGAUUUCAGUUGUUUUAUAUUUAUUUUGUGUUCAGUGUGUAAAUACUUUUGUUAUUUGCGAUGACCUUACAUCUAAUUAGUGUAACAUUUAAAAGAAAAAGCUUAAGAUUUUGUGACUUUG